UUUCUCUCUAUCUCUCCUGUUUGGUAUAGAAGUAAACAAAAAUUCGAUUAUAUUACAUAAAAAGACAAUCUCUCACUGCUCGAGCACAAAAAACAGUAGCACGAAAAAAUACGAAAAAUUUCCGUUUUUUAUUUAUUUCAAUUCAAUAUAUUUUUGGUUUCUUGUCCUAAAUUUGGCGCGCAAAUAAUUAUUAUCCUUUUCCUUAAGUCAUUGGCUAAAAUAAGAACAAUAACAAAAUAUAAUGGACAACAGUAAUAGCAAUGGCAGCAGCAGCAGCAGCAGCAGCAGCAGCAGCAAUCCAAAUCAAGCGAAGCCUCUAAAUUUAUUAAGUAAAACAUUGCCCUUAACGGCGGCCACUCCGCCCCAGUUGCGGGCUCGUCGUCAAUUUAGUUUCAAUGGCAUGCACUUUGAGACGAACGGCCUCCAUAGGAUUAAGGGAGGAGGUGGAGCUGCCGCUGGCCUAACAGUCAGACCGGAUGCCAACCAGUCUUCGGGAGUUCUUCAUUAUCAGAAUCAGCACCAGCAGAAUUAUCAUACUUAUAAUCAUCCCCAUCAUCAUCAGCAGCAGCAGCAGCAGCAGCAGCAGCCCCAGCCCCAGCCGCAGCUACCACGAAGCGAGGAUAAUGGUGACGGAGAGAAAAUGUUACAUACGUCAAGGAUUAGUUUGGGUGAUCGGGCAUCGCAAAUGAGCACAUUUCGUAAAAGGAUGCAACGUAUGCCAUGGCACAAGACCGAUGCAAUAGGAGACAGGGCAGGCGGUGGCGAGCGUCCGUCAAAUUUUGUGCCCGGUAGACGCUUCGCUCCAUCUCCAUCUGAAACGUUUCCCAUAUGUGAGAGGGAUGAUGGAAAUCGUCAGGACAACAGCAAGCUUGAUAAUUAUUAUAAUACCAACGAGAAUGAGCAGGAGGAAGAAGCAGCAACGGCAGCAAAUUCAAGAAUCAUCUCCCAUGGCGGCAGCAGUUAUCGUAGAGGAGCUAUCGGGGAUGGCAACUCUGCGCCAAGAUUUGUUCUGAAUCAGUCUAUGUUGGCACGUGGAGCUGGUGGUUUGGGCACCACAUUGCACUAUUCAAAAAUGGAUUAUAUAACGCUUAUCGGUUUCCUGCUUGGCUGCAUAAUGUCCAAUAUUCUAUUCUUUCUAUGCUGGUACUUUAGCUGGCUAAAAUGUCAGGUUAUCAAAUUGCGUAAACAUUUCCUUGGCCAUGCCAAUCUCUGGGAUUUCUUUGACUUUGAGGACACAACACGCUAUUCGAUGCAAACCAAAUUGAUAUUAGCCCCCAUAAUUGUUGCAUGCAGUUUGCUAUAUUGUGUGGUCAAUGUCCUUCAUCUGAUGUUCAAGUUGGUGCGUGCCGAUGUUCCGCGCACAGUGGUCGAUGUCGUCCAACGUGUGGCCAACAGUGGUCUCCUGAGCAAUGGUGGCCGCUAUCGUUGGUCCUAGAGAAAUGACGCCCCAAAAUUAAGUUUCACAUGUAUAUUCUGAAUUCUCUUGGCAUUGUAAUAAACUAACAUCUAAUUGGAUCUAAUGAACAAGAAAA